AUUUUGCUCGGUGGGCGAGGGGCGGGCGGCGGCGGGCGCGCGUUCACGGGGCAUGGCGCGGUGCGCGUUCUAGUAAACAAGUUGUGUGCGAGUCGCGCGGGGGAUUCUUUCGCCCCGAGCGAACGAGCGAGCGAGCGACCGACCGACCGAGCGACCCAAGCGCGAAUAUUCGUUUAACGACGCGACUCGCGGCUCGCAGUUCGCGGCUCGCGGCUCGCGACUCGCGAUCGUUCCGUCCCGUUCCAUCGCGUGCUUCACGACGCGGCUCGGCAGACCGCGUCGCCGAGGGUCUCGGCGUUCCGUCGAGAGAACGAACGGCACGGCACGGCGCGGUACGGCACGGCACGGCACGGCACGGCCGACGCCAACGGAUAAACAAACGGAUCGCGGCCCUCGCGUGUUAUGCGUGUUACGCGCGCAAGUGUCAGUGGUGUUGGUGUCCACGGGGGAAAGUGAUCGCCACGGUGUUUGCCAGCCGACCUGGGGUCCCCGACGAGGGAGCGAUCUUCGAUCGUGCCCGACCAAGGACGCCGAGUGAUGACACCGCGACUGGACGCCGCGUUUCGGACGACAGACUGCCCAGACAUCGCCGAGGAAGCAGGACCGUCGGUAUGGUGAGGAGUGCGCGCUGAUCGGCGUCAACUCGCUCAUCUCGAAUCGGCGGGCGUUUGGUACAGUUGAUGAAGUCGUCUGGUGUAACGACCCGCUGGAGGUGACCUGCCGAUCUUCCAGCACGGUUGAUUGAUAUAUCGCCUACGUGCGUGUGCGGUCUCUCUGUUUCGCGAUACGCCUACGAGGUCUCUGCCGCGCGGCUACGAACGGGGGUCAAACGAAGCCGACGCCGACAAACGCGCGUCAGGGUCAACGUCGGGAGAGACAGAGGAAGAGAGAGAGAGAGAAAAGGUCUACGACGUCGUGGAGCGAUCAUCGUCGAAGCUGUGGCCAUUGACGCUCGAGCCCUCCGUUCGCGCGUACAUUCGCGAGAAAUCAACCAGGGAGAACGCUGCUGUGGCGCGAAACAUCGCCGCGUCGACGGCGCAGAGAUGCGAGCGAGACGCGACGCUUUAUCCCUUUUACUCUGAACUCGCGGAGAGAACGUAGGAUCGUUUUCCCUUCGGGGAAGAAGGUUCGUUCUUCCUGCGAAGAUGAACUUUUCGGGCGCGUGCCACGCACGCAGACUGGGCAGCGUAGACGAGUCGAGCACCGUUGCGGCCCUCUCUUCUUCGGAGGCUAAUUUCUCCACCUGCCACUGCCAUUGUCCAUCGUCGAGUUGUGGCGCGUUCGAGAAAGACGAUGGCGUAUCAUCCCUACCGUCACCGGCGCCGGCGACAGCGUGCGAUCUCUGCGAGCGUCUUCGCGGAUGUUACGAUUCGGUGGACGCGACAUGGACAGGGGACAGCCACGUGGCUCACCGAUCAUCGAGGCGAAAACGCGACAAAAACGAUUCGUUGGCGAACGACUCGGGGGCGAUCGUUGGGAAACGCGACAGAACUUUGAGGCGCGAUAGAACUCCGCUCCGUGAAUCGUCCGCGAGAUGUGCGUCGAGCGUAGUGCGGUGGAUUUUCGCGGUCAGAUUCCACCGCGAUUUCAAAUUGACCGAAUGGCGGAAGCUCCUCUGGAUCGUUCUGCUGAUACUCGCGGUACCCGACCUCGCGGCAGCGCACGACGCCGCCAACAGCGGCCCUAGCAACAGAGACGGAGUGUGCCAAAGUAUAGACAUAAGAAAUAGCGUGAGUCAAUUCUCAAAACUGGAGGGAUGCCGGGUGGUCGAGGGCUUCAUACAAAUUCUCUUGAUCGAUCGAGCGGAGCAAUCGGCCUACGCCAAUCUCAGCUUCCCCGAUCUAGUCGAGAUCACUGGAUACCUUAUUUUAUACAGGGUAAACGGACUGAGGGCCGUCGGCCAUCUGUUUCCGAAUCUGACGGUUAUCCGCGGUCACUCUCUCUUUAUCAAUUACGCCCUCGUGGCAUUCGAGAUGAUGCAUCUCCAGGAAAUCGGUCUCCACUCUCUGACCAACAUUCUACGCGGAUCCGUGCGAUUCGAGAAGAAUCCAACGCUCUGCUACGUCGACACCAUCGACUGGGACAUGAUCGCCAAAGCUGGCAAGGGAGGGCACUUUAUAAAGGACAACAAGCCAAUGAACGGUUGUCCGAUGUGCGACAAAAGAUGUCCGACAAGGCAAACUAAACCCGAUCAGACUCUGUGCUGGAAUUCACACAACUGCCAACAAAUAUGCGAUCGAACGUGCGAGAAUAGAGCUUGCAACAAGACAGGAGAAUGCUGUCAUCAGUCCUGUCUGGGUGGAUGCACGGGAUCGACGGCCAACGAUUGCGCUGUUUGUAGAAACGUGGUAGUGACAGACAAGGUGUGUGCAGACCAUUGCCCGGACGGCAUGUACGAGUUUAUGAAUCGACGUUGCAUCGGAGAGAAGGAAUGUCGUCAGAUGCUGAAGCCGCGCGAGACGUCAAAUAUGGUCAAGAUGCGUCCGUACAAGCCGUUCAACGGUAGCUGCGUAUUAGAGUGUCCAGCGGGUUAUAUGGAGAGCGAGGAACGUGGCAGUGUGUCCUGCCAGAAGUGCGAGGGUCGAUGGUGCCUGAAGGAAUGCUCUGGCUCGAACGUGGACAGCAUCGCUUCGGCACAGAAAUUGCGCGGAUGUACGCAUAUCGCAGGUAGCAUCGAGAUACAGAUACGCAGUGGCAAGAACAUGGUGAAGGAACUCGAAAACAGUCUAAGCAUGAUCGAGGAGAUAGACGGUUAUUUGAAGAUUGUCCGCAGCUUCCCGCUGAUAUCCCUCAACUUUCUAAAGAAUCUGCGCGUGAUACGUGGCAACCAACUCGAGAACGGCAAAUACAGCCUCGCCGUGCUCGAUAAUCAGAAUCUUCAGGAGCUCUGGGAUUGGAACACACACCCGAACAUCACUAUCCUGUCCGAGAAAGGUCCCGCCAAGCUCUUCUUUCACUUCAACCCGAAAUUGUGUCUGCAUGAGAUCGAAAGAUUGCGGGAGAAGGCCAGGUUGGAAGAGUUCACCGAUCACGACGUGGCAUCUAGCAGCAACGGAGACAAAGUCGCUUGUAACGUCACCGAGCUGACCCCUAAGGUCAUCAAGAGAUCAUCUAGGGCAGCUAUUAUCGAGUGGAAUAUCUUUACGCAUCACGAUACCAGGUCUCUUUUGGGCUACGUUGUUUACUUCAUCGAAGCGCCUAAUCAGAACGUAACGAUGUACGAUGGCCGCGAUGCUUGUGGCGGUGAUGGCUGGCGGGUGGAGGACGUUUCCGCUGAGACUGCGCCGUCGCAGUCCAACAAGAGCACGGAAUUGCAAGAGACUUCCUUGCUCACUCAUAUAAUGACUCUGCUGAAGCCAUAUACUCAAUAUGCUUAUUACGUUAAGACUUACACCAUAGCCACGGAAAGGUCAGGCGCGCAGAGUAAAGUUAACUACUUUACGACGAUGCCGGAUGCGCCCAGCCCGCCCAGAGGCCUCUCGACUUGGAGUAAUUCCAGCAACGAACUGAUUAUAUCCUGGUUUCCGCCGCUACACAAAAAUGGAAAUUUAACGCAUUAUCGAAUUGUCGGUCGAUGGGAACCCGAUGAUCCCAGUUUCAUCGACCAGAGGAAUUAUUGCGACGAACCUAUGCCAUUGCCCGAGACAAAAUCACCAGAGGAAGUCACAAUGGAGGAAGAAAAAAAGCCCGAAACAGAGAAGGAGUUUACAAAGUCCGAUUCAUGCAGCUGUACAGAUCGUGAAAUGACGGAUCAGUGGAUGCGUGAGAAAGAAGUUUCCAGUUCGAUCGCCUUCGAGAACGCGUUACACAAUCAGGUCUAUAUAAAACGAAUAUCAUCGCGCAGAAGACGUUAUACUAAUGAAGUCGCGGCGAGUCAAGCUGAAAAUUCUUCAUACGAUCCAGUAAAAUUUCAGGCUAGGGAAAGCGCUAACAACAAAGCGGAGAAUGGUACAUUCAUAGUAUUCGAGCGAUCAGUACCCAGCACGAAUCAUAGUUUCGUUAUGAAAAAUCUUCAACACUUUGCUGCAUACAAUAUUGAGGUUCAAGCUUGCCGAGAACCAGUUGAAAAUGAUACGACUCAAAAUUGCUCAACGAAAAGUAUGAAAACGCACCGUACGUUACCGAUGGACACCGCAGAUAAUAUUCCACCGGACACCUUUAAAUUGAAGUAUUCUGGCGAGAAUAACAGUCUCACUGUAAUUACGUUGUCUUGGGAUGAACCAGCUCAACCCAAUGGCCUAAUAGUCACGUAUCAGAUUGAAUAUAAAAGAGUUGAUAUAAAAAAUAUAAAAGCAACGGUGGUAUGUAUUACAAGACGCGAUUUUGCCGAGAUGGGCAACUUGUACGUCUUAAAGGAGCUUCCCACUGGAAAUUAUUCUGUAAAAGUACGAGCUACGAGCUUAGCAGGAAAUGGCGCAUAUACCGAAAUAAAAUAUUUUUCUAUACCGGAAUAUGGCACGUUUAAUACAUUCUGGGUUUUCUUCUGGUCGAUAUUGGGCAUUGUCAUAAUGUUCAGCUCUUUGACAAUAUUCUACGUAUUUAAGAAAAGAUCAAUGCGAAAUGUGCCCAGCAUGAGGCUUAUCGCAACAGUGAAUCCAGAGUACGUGAGCACGAGUUACGUACCGGAUGAGUGGGAGGUGCCCAGAAAGAAAAUUCAAUUAUUACGAGAAUUAGGGAAUGGUUCUUUUGGUAUGGUAUACGAAGGAUUGGCCAAGGACGUCGUAAAAGGCACGCCGGAAGUACGGUGCGCCGUGAAAACUGUAAACGAAAACGCAACCGACCGUGAACGGAUAGAGUUCCUUAACGAAGCGUCCGUCAUGAAGGCUUUUAACACCCAUCACGUUGUUAGACUACUGGGUGUAGUGUCGCAAGGUCAACCUACAUUGGUAGUUAUGGAAUUGAUGGUGAACGGCGAUUUAAAGACGUAUUUAAGAAGUCAUCGACCGGACGUGUGCGAAAACUCCAAACAACCUCCGACGUUGAGAGAAAUCUUGCAAAUGGCGGUCGAAAUUGCGGACGGCAUGUCUUAUCUCUCCGCGAAGAAAUUUGUUCACAGAGAUUUGGCUGCUCGCAAUUGUAUGGUAGCCGAGGAUCUCACUGUAAAGAUCGGUGACUUCGGCAUGACAAGAGACAUAUAUGAAACCGAUUACUAUCGAAAAGGAUCCAAGGGACUGCUACCAGUUAGAUGGAUGGCACCGGAAAGUUUGAAGGACGGCGUAUUCACCAGUUUUUCUGACGUUUGGAGCUACGGAGUUGUUCUGUGGGAAAUGGUAACGCUAGCUUCGCAACCGUAUCAGGGUUUGUCGAAUGAUCAGGUAUUGCGUUACGUAAUUGAAGGAGGCGUUAUGGAACGACCAGAAAAUUGUCCUGACUCACUGUAUAAUUUAAUGAGGCGUACCUGGAAUCACAGAGCCACGAGAAGACCUACCUUUAUAGACAUCGAGACGCUGUUAUUGCAAGAAGUUAGUAUAAAAGAUUUUGAGAACGUUAGCUUUUAUCAUAGCCUGGAAGGAAUCGAAGCUCGAAAUCAAAAUAGUUCGCAUUCACCACAAAAUGAUCAAGAUCUUGAAAUGGUUCCUCUACAAGAUUUACCGGAGGAAGAGAUAGAGGGGGAGGAAAAUUCGCCACUGCGUCAAGACUUUGGUGACUUUGCAAGUUUUGAGCCUCGCAGUAUUAAAAAUAACUUAAGUCCACGAUACGGAGCAGAUUCGUACGGCGAAACCUCAAAAGCUAUUUCCAAUUUCCAUGACAUGAAUUCUACAAAAGUACCCAAAGCUGGAUUCGAUGAAUUUGGCGGUAUCUCCGGAGACUCGCUCGUAUCUAGCGGAAUGCUUUAAUACGCGCAAGAAAAUGCGCGUUUCAACACGAAAGGUGGUAGAAAGCCAGGUGCGCGUUAAACGGAAUUCCCGGAGAGCAGAGAAGGAACGUGGCUAACGACGGAUUAAUUAUCGGCCGAUGUAUCGUAAUAAUAAGCCUCGCUCGUAUUGUGAAGUAUCUAGUAUAAUAACAAACAAGCGCAGUUAACGCUUAGACCAUGUACAUGUACUAUAUACGAAAUAAGUAUCGUAAGAUUAACACGAAAUGUUUCCUAUAUGGCCGCGAGUCUCCGUAUUAUAAGAACGGCACGCGAUCGCUAAACUUUAGGCCUAUAGUUUAAUAGCUCUGUAAUAUAUUAGAGUAACUUGAAGAUUUUAAGGUAGCACGUAAUCAUGUGUAAUUAUAAAAGUGUGCAGAAGUGUGUGCCUGUUGAAUCGCUUGAUUUGACAAGCGUGUGAUCUGUUUGAACGUUAUACGUAAAUCACAAAGCAGAGAUUUGAGGGUGUCGAUGAUGCCGAUAGAUCAAUGUACAUCUGUAUCAAUGUUGGGAAAAAGGUCGUCGAGUAUCGGGCAUGAGGCAGAAACGGCAUUUAUCGUAAAAACAAUAAAAUAAAGUAAAAUUUAAGCGACGCCCCGACUGCGUCGCGAGAAUAAUUAAGUCCUCCGCUGAUUUUAGACUGAAGCAUAACUCCUAAUCAUCCUCGGCGUCGAGAAACCCUGACAUAGGAUUACUCCAUCUCAAUCCGUUAAUUUAUUUGUAUUUAUUCUGUGUAAAGGCAGACGAGUUUAGCGCAAACGCAAUUUUGAGACGCUAUCGAUUAGUUAAUAUUUAACGCACCUGUUACAAAUAUAUGAGCAUUACACGGCGACUCGAUUCCUUUCGCAUCCGUUAUCACGCCCUUCGUACUCCGAACACGUUACAUCAAUAUCAUUACCUUAGAAUUCAGGAGACGCAUUGAUUUUUACAUUAGGGGAUAUAUUCCGGGUCACGUUUUGCAACUCGACAUUUUUGUUGUACGCAAUUCUUUUGUUACGAAUACAUUUUUACGGUAUAUAAUAAAAAAAACUUGCAGUAAAAAUAAAGCCCUGAUCACGAGAUUUCUUAUUGCGACAGCAAUGACUUCAAUUAACAUCCCACAUACUGCUUUUAUUCAGAUUCUUGUCUCAUUUUAAAUACCGUUCGCAAUUCUGUUCGCAGUUCCUAUCAUUACUAUAUUUACACAAAUAAUAGACGAGAUCUCUGAUAUAACGUCGUGUAUGAUAUCGCAAAGCGUUAUAUAAAUGUAAUCUAAUAUGUAAUUUCAAAUCAUGUUUAUGUUCUAUUACUCUGUUCAGCCAAUUUACUAUUUUUUUCACUUUGCGAGAUAAGUUAUGCGAUUACCCCCAACUGCUCAAUAUUAGAUUGCUCAAGUUCCGCGACAAUGAGAUAAUAUCGUAAAAUGAUUUAGGAUAUUGUAUUGUGUUGUAUAAAAUAUGUAAGUCUUUUUAUUUCAACUGAAUUAAUGAAACAUUUUGUUCUCUUUUAUAGUCUGAUUUUCGUCAUAGAUUUUAUUAUACAAACUUACUUUUUUUUUAAAUAUAAUAAGAUCACGUUAGUUUCAUUUUUGAAAAGAGUAAACAGCUUAGGGCUGACAGCAAAUUAGAUGAUCGCGUUGCGGAGUUAUUCAGGAUAAUUGCAAGCUUUUGUAUGUUCGUUUGAUAGGUUUAGAUUUUUCAAAGAAGACCACUUCAAAAACCAGUUAAUUUUUCAUCGAAGUUGCGCGCAUUUUAACAACGCGCGUAGUGUCCAAUCGUUCCUAUUGUAUGAACACAUCGACACUUGUAUUUUGAUUAGAUCUUGUUACACGCGACAACUGGUAUGUACAUGUAUAAUACUGUUAAUUACAUGUUUUCUGUGCCUAUCGUAGAACUAUCGCUCAUAGAAUAUACGCGUUUAUUUAAAUAAACGUGCAUACGCUUCAGUUGUUCAUUGUGUUCACGCAGUAUUACGAUAGUAUAUAUAUCACAGAGAUUUAUUUUUAACAAUUCUACACAGAAUACUUUGUAUUUAAGCGACCAUGUUAUUUUGCUACUUUACUCAAAUUACUGAAGGUGAACCGCGGCCACACGUUAACGCUAAUUUGCAAACGCAAUAGAAGCAAAGUUGUCCGGACCACAAUUUGCGAUCAGUCUGAUACAGAUGUGCAAAGAUUGUAAAUUCGGAAUCUUUUCUUUUUAUUUCCGCUUUUCGGCAAUGUUUUGCGCGCCAGUUCCAGCCUACAAAUGCUUGCGAAUAGUGUUUCAAUCGAUUGUUGGCUAAAGUACACAAGUAUGCGGACGAAUUAUACGGCGAGAGUGUUGUAUGAUGUUGGACUGUAAAGUGCGGAUGAACGGAAGUGUGUUUAUAUAAAGGUAUGUUUUAAAUAAAAUUAAUGCACAGACAUAUUAGUCGACAAGACGCGUAUGCGUUGGUAUGUGAAGCUUCUCGAGAGAAAAAAAGGGCGAAUGUAAAAAGAAAGAUGAAACGGAAUACUCGUUGUUUCCCCACAGGUUUAAUGCCGAAGAAUAUUUUAUCGUUAACAUCGAUCUCUAUGGAGCUGAUGUAUGCUUGGGUCCUUCUGUUAAUGAUCAUAGUCGUUAGAUGGAUUAUCCACCUCUGAUGCAAUGUUAACGCGUUAAUAAAUAAAUAAUUCGCCCUCGUAAAAGGGCGGGAAGGGAUACCGAAUCAAAGAUUAGCCUAAUGUCUUCUAAUAAUCGCGUGCGUGACGCUGUCAACGAUACGCGAACCGUUCACGAUCAGGUGUUGUACAGGCCGGUUUUGAAAUACAGAUCGAUUAAUAUAUCUACAUAAUUAAUAUUAUUUAAUGUAAAGUGAGACACAGGUCGAUUUUAACAGAGUUUUUCAAGACGCGCGGAUUUACACCACUUUGAACAUUUGUAAACUCCUACGCUGUAUGAGGAACUCACCAUAUUACGAGGACAAACCACUUGCUUAGAAUUUCUUUCAGGUGAUGCACAAACGCUAGUGUAUAUUUUCGUGUUGAGUUUGAAGCAACCGCCACUGCCACGUUGAAAGACAAGCCUACGAGGAAACAAAAGAAGAUACAUUAUGAAUGAAACAUAACAUAAGCUCGCAACAUCAGUAUCUCGAAAUUGGAUCCUCGUCUCGCAUGAUGCGCGUCAUCUUCAAUCUUUCGUUGUUCGCUUCUACGAUAAUACGACGUGUCGCGCGUAAUCGCUUAUACAUUUGCGCGUCGCCGUGCAACGUCACGGAGCGUUACAUGGAAAUUCAAUGAUUGUUCGCUGUACGGUGCGACAUAGCAUAGCAGAUAAUUGGGUGUUUUAGCGAGAGCACUAACGAAUUAGCAAAGCGUCUAUUUUUUUAUAGAUUAAGGAUCAGUUUUGUUGCGUACGCCAAGAAGCGCGACGAUUUCUUUUCUUUGUCUUCUGUAAGUCACGUCUUUGAGCGUCGCACGAACGUAUGUACGAUGUGGGGGGUGUAAGUGACGAUUUACAUUCGUGCGGACGACGAACGCGAGAACGAGAACCGAAAUGCACCUCGGAGCCGGUGACAAGAGCCGAUAGUUGCUAGGCACAGCCAUUGCUGCGGAUAGUCGUAGUCGUAACAUUUCAUUUGUAACAUCAUUGUAAGAGUAUAGGACCGCGCUAUGGAGGGGCGACGAUCCCUCUUCUGUCACUGUAUAUCUUUAAAUGUCUUUUCCCUCCCGUCGCGCAACCCCUCGAAGGUAUAUUGAUGUGCCCACGCCCGGGACAACGCUUGACAAAUUUAGAUUAUAUAUCCAAUUAUCUUACAUUAAAAAUUGUAUUUACUAUUAUUAACUAUACGAUACGCGCUGUACGCAGAGGAAGAAACAAACUUUAUUUACCAAAUACCAGUUUUUUAAUAAAAAUCUUUUUGUGAAGGAAAA